AUGACGAACAGCACGUUCAUCGAGGGGUACUCUACGAGCGGAGAGCUGCAUUAUGCGCCGUACACGAACGAUCCGCGGAUCUCGCACGCACAUGGGUGGGAACGGGGGCCUACGAGCUCGCUCACGACAUAUGUCGGCGGCAUCCAGCUUGUGAGCGCGGCGGGAGCUACGUGGGCGAUCGUGCCUCAGGUGGGCGACUUGACGCACGUCGAUGCCGGGUUCUCGACCACUCUCGGUCGCUUCUCGUCGAAGUGGUUCACGGACGGAUCUGUCUUUCGGCUUGAGAUCAGCACGCCGAAGGGGACGACGGGCACUGUCGGUAUACCCUUCCCGGGCAACCGUACGACAGCUACCCUGAUCCGCGCAGAUCGACCAGGCGUACGCGUGACCGCGGACGACUUGGGGAGGUAUUGGAUCACGGACCUGGCUGGUGGAGAUCAUCAGUUCGUUGUGGUUGGGUGGUGA